CUGGGGUGUGGAGAGCACGGUCUCUGGAGGUGGAUCCUGGCAAGUGAGUGACAUAAUUACAUUAAUGAUCGAUAAAGGAGGGGCACGACCCAGGAACCACCCAGGAAACCUGCAGACCUCGAGGAAGAGAGGAAACGUCUACACCCACAGGGGCAGCCGGAGCAAGAUUUCCCAUUACAGACAAAUGUCAGGGUUCCAGGUGUGGUAGGACAGAUUGCCUGAAGAAAGGAUAUUGGUCUCGAGAAGAUACAGAAGCAGAGAGGACCCGGAGAUCAAUACAAUGCACUCUGACAAGAUGGAGGGUGCAAUGAGACAAAAACUGGACCAGAUCAAGGAGAUCAUGGAGAAGACCAAAGGGAUCCCAAAGGAGAAGAAACAGGGUAAGAUGAUGUCAGGACACAACGUCGCCAUCGUCUCAGCUCUAGAAGAUAAAGAUGUCCAGUGGUUACUUAGAGAAAUUCAUUCUGUACAUUUCCAAGAACAAGUGAGGAACGUAAAUCUCAUCAACAUUAUGGAAAUGAAGGAAAAGAAUUGGGAAAAAAAGUUUUCUGAAUACACUUUCUGCAUCUAUGUAUCGAAAGAACUUGAAUGGACGCAGGGGACAGCAGCUUUUCAGAGGGUUAAGUCACUGUCACAGCGAGGAAAAAAGAACCUGGUUGUGGUGGUCGAUGAGGUCAGUAAUGAGAAGCAGACUCUGACGCUGGAACACCAUCGCGAUAUAAGGAACUAUACCAAGGGCUUCUUCAUCUUCAGCAAGACGGAGAAGGAAUCCCAGUAUCAGAGGAUGGUGACUUCCCAACAGCCGGCACCAGACAACGACGCCAGAGGUUCUUACGUUGUCUCUCCCCCAAAGGUUGUGAUUGGAAUAAAACAUAAAGUCGGGAUUUUCUCCAGAUCAGCAGAUAGAGAUUUCUCCUGGCUGAAGUCUCUGCUGACAUCUGAGGUCAAAGACCACGUCCUGUCUGUCCAGUCAUAUCUCAUCUCUAAUAAUGGAUACCAGCAGCUGAGUGAGGACUUGUCCCACUGCACAUUCGGGAUCCUCUAUCAUACCAAGAAUAAUGGCAGAGUCAACAUUACCAAUGUCACCGACAGUCUGUACGAUGAGGAACUACAGCUUCUGUCUAAGACCCUCGGGAAGAAGAAUACGAUUGUGAUAAUUGAUGAUCUGGAGGACGCUAGUGAUCAGCAGAAGAGGAUUAUCCUUCACACACAGCCAAUGAUUGCCCAUUGUGCCAAUGACCUGGUCCUAAUUUCAUAUGAAGACAAGACUGAUAACAUGGGGCAGUCAGCAAAAUCCAAGAUCUUAAACCAUUUCUUCAGCACCUCAGAUGAGAGACUGAAAUAUCCACCAGUAAACUCAGGAUAUGAACAUGCAGCAUCAACUCCAUCAAGAUCUAUCAUUGGCAUCUUCUCUAGAUCUGAGGAGGAUGACUACUCCUGGUUGAAGAGACUACUGACAUCAGAAGAAUUUGGACAUAAGACUGUUCAGUGUUGUAACCUUUCUGGUAAUGAUAACGAGGCCUUGCUAAAGGUGGCCUUCAAACUUCAGCUUGGGAUUCUAUAUCACAGUGUGAAGAAUGGGAAGAUAUGUCUCACUGAUGUCAAGGAUUCUCUGUAUCAUGAGGAGCUGGAGAAGCUGUCGACCAGACUUGGGAAGAGGAAGAUGAUUGUGGUGAUUGAUGAUCUGGAUGAAAGUGGAGAUAAGAUGAAGCAGAAGAUCCUGAAGAAGCAGCCAAGUCUAGGAAGCCUGGCUGGAGACAUCUUCCUCUUCACUGAAGCUGAAAAGAAGGAGGUGGAUCGUCAAAGUCAGGGCAAACAUGGAAAUAAAAUGAGCAAAUCAGCAAGAGACAAAAUCAGCAACAUAAUGAGACUUGUCACCUAAAGGUUGAGGCUAAAAUCUUAAUCAGUGACUGCUCCAGAUCCAUUACCUGUAAUAAAUGUGUUUCAGAGAUUGAGAAAUUCCUGA